AAUAAAUGAUCGCUUUAUCUUCUCCUAUAUACACCACUUGAGUUUGAUCUUUUGUCCCCACCAUUAUCCUCUGUAGAGAGCUCAUCUUCUUCUUUGAUCAACCUCAAACUUCAGAAACAUAAUUAAGCCAUGGAGACCAGCGUCACAUGCUACUCACGUGGGAUCAUCCUCCCAAGCGUCUCUUCUCAACGAUCAUCUACAUUGGUUUCUCCUCCUCCUUUCUUCUCCGCAUCAUCCAGCUUCAAGCAGCGUCUGAAGUCUAGCUCAAUCUUCGGAGAUUCACUAAGAGUAGCACCAAGAUCGCAAUUGAAAGCCACCAAGGCCAAGAACAAUGGUGGUUCGACUGUGACCAAAUGUGAGAUUGGUCAAAGCUUGGAAGAGUUUUUGAGAGAAGCAACGCCUGACAAGGGAUUGAGAACUUUGCUGAUGUGUAUGGGAGAAGCGUUGAGGACAAUAGCUUUCAAAGUUAGGACAGCUUCUUGUGGUGGAACAGCUUGUGUUAAUUCCUUCGGCGAUGAACAACUCGCUGUCGAUAUGCUCGCCGAUAAGCUUCUCUUUGAGGCUUUGCAAUACUCGCAUGUGUGUAAAUACGCUUGCUCUGAAGAAGUACCUGAGCUUCAAGACAUGGGAGGUCCAGUGGAAGGUGGGUUUAGCGUAGCAUUUGAUCCAUUGGAUGGAUCGAGUAUUGUGGAUACAAACUUCACUGUGGGAACCAUAUUUGGGGUUUGGCCUGGUGACAAGUUAACUGGAGUCACGGGAGGAGAUCAAGUGGCUGCAGCUAUGGGUAUCUAUGGUCCAAGAACCACUUAUGUAUUGGCUGUUAAAGGGUUUCCAGGAACUCAUGAGUUCUUGCUUCUUGAUGAAGGUAAAUGGCAGCAUGUUAAGGAGACAACAGAGAUUAAUGAAGGGAAAAUGUUCUCACCAGGAAACUUGAGAGCCACGUUUGACAAUUCUGAAUACAGCAAGCUGAUUGAUUACUACGUGAAAGAGAAGUACACAUUGAGAUAUACAGGAGGAAUGGUUCCUGACGUUAACCAGAUUAUUGUGAAGGAGAAAGGAAUCUUCACAAACGUGACUUCUCCUACGGCUAAGGCAAAGUUGAGACUCUUGUUCGAAGUGGCUCCUUUAGGCCUACUCAUUGAGAAUGCUGGUGGAUUCAGCAGUGAUGGAUACAACUCUGUGCUUGACAAGACCAUCGUCAACCUCGACGAUAGAACUCAAGUUGCUUAUGGCUCAAAGAACGAGAUCAUCCGCUUCGAAGAAACCCUUUACGGAACAUCAAGACUCAAGAAUGUUCCCAUUGGAGCUAAUGCUUAGAAACUUUUUAUAAUAAAACUGAAAGCAUGUUAAUUUUCCAUAAGCGGGAUGAUUUUUUUUCUUUCUAUUGGGUUAUAUGAGAAGCAACAAAACUAUUACCAACAGUUGUUAAGUCUUUUCCCUUAAGAACAUAUUGUCGUUGUUUGCGCU